AUGUCCUCUCUCAAACCACCGAAAUUCGCGUUGAUUGCCGCUGCAGAAGAAAACUGGGGGAUCGGAAUUAAUAAUGCACUUCCAUGGAAACUUAAAAAGGACAUGGCAUACUUUGAAAGGGUUACUAAAAAGGUGUUAACGUCAAAUGAAACUACCGAUACAUCUCUUGUUACUCCUAACGAGAAAAUUCAAAAUGCCGUAAUUAUGGGCCGUAAAACUUGGGAAUCUAUUCCUCUUAAAUAUAGACCAUUGAAAGACCGAUUAAAUGUUGUUUUAUCUAGAAAUGAUGCCAUUUCGAGUCUUACUGACAAACCUACGGUUGCACGCAUUUUUAUAAUUGGUGGUGGUGAUAUCUAUAAAGAAGCAAUAGAAUUGCCUCUUUGUGAAUACAUCUUGCUUACUAAAGUGUAUAAGAAUUUUAACUGCGACGCUUUUUUUCCAAAAAUUGAUGAAAAUUUGUAUGAAUUAGCAAGUCAUGAUGAAUUGGUGAAUUUUACCGGUGAUGAUGUUCCGAAAGGUAGGCAAUGUUUACGUAAUUCACAUGGAUCUGGAAAAUUAAAUAGUAUUAGCGUUAACGUUGGUACACUUAAUAAAGACGAAGGUGAUGAUGGUUCAAAGCGAUUGCAACAACAAGAUGUAAUAAAUCGUGCUAAUGAAUACAAGUAG